AUGCAAAAGCCGUUUUCAAAAGUGUGCCAAGCUAGGAUUAAUUCAGUAAAAUUCGAUAUAUUCGGUGUGCUGUUUUCGAGUACAAAACAUUUGUUGCGAUUAAAAAAAUCCGCCACGAUUCCUUGGAGCGUUAAUGAUCGUUACGGUGGAUGCACCACAAAUCUGCCUUUUUAUCAGUGA